CUUCCACCCUUCUCCGUCAAACAUUUCCUCCACACAAAUACCUUACUUGCUUCGCUCUCCCUCCUCCUCUUCUCUCAACGACCCCAACCACCUCCAAUCCCAUCUUCCUUCCUCUUGCGCGUCCUCUUCCCGGCAUUGUAUUUACUUUUCUCCAGGAGCGUAUUGGUUCGCGGCUUGACUUUUCUUUCAUUUCCAUUCUCCCAAAGACGCGAAUUCAAAGCUUGGUUGCGUCUUUUUACGCAACUCUCAUAACCGAGAUGUCAGAAUUCUUAGGAUCUCGCAUCUCCCUCAUCUCCAAGAGCGACAUUCGAUAUGUCGGCGUUCUUCACGAGAUCAACUCGGACGAGUCCACCGUCUCGCUCGAGAAUGUUCGCUCUUUCGGAACCGAGGGUCGAAGGAACAGACCCGAAGAAGAGAUAGCACCUUCCGACCAGGUUUAUGACUACAUCAUUUUCCGUGGCAGCGAUGUCAAGGACUUGAGGAUCGAAGACCACCCAGGCAUCAAGGAGAACAAGCCUCCUGCUAUGCCUGAGGACCCUGCCAUUGUCAACGCUCGCCCUCGUCCCGGCCAGGGACCUAACAAUCAGCCGCCUCCCGCGCCUGGCUUCGGUCAGCCUCCGUUCCAGAACAACUUUUACCCUCCACCUGGCCCAUGGGGUCCUGCCCCCGGUCCUGGCCGCGGUGGUCCAGUUCCCGGCGCUGGGAUGGGCGGCAUGCCCUACCCUCCUCCGCCAGGAUGGUUCCCUCCUGGUCCCCCGGGCCAAGGCUUCCCUCCCGGCCCUGAACAGUGGAACAAUUACAGUAACUACCCUCCCGGCCCCCGUGGACCUGCAGGUCCUGGCGGACCUCACGGCCCUGGUGGUGUACCUGGUCAGGCUCCCGAGAACCGUGGCACUCCCGGUCCUCAAGAUGGAAAGCCUGUGCCGAUUGGCGCUGCUGGUGACAAGCAGAAGCCCGCCACCCCAACCGCCCCUCAAGGCGCACCAAGCGAAACGAAGACGGCACCCCCGCCUGGGUUCCAGGCACCCGCCCCGACACCACCUGUCGACUCGAAGCCUUCUGUGGCGGAGGUGAAGGCGACUGCUGCAUCACUGAACACAGCUGGCCCUGCUAAGCCUGUCGAGCUUCCUGUGCCCACGGGACCGAAGAAUGUCGGCCGCGUCCAGCCUGUUAUUCCUCUGGCUGGCUCCAUGCCCAAGGCCUUCCCAGUGCCCAUGAACGAUGGCAACGCUGCGCAAUCUGCUCCCAAGGCUGCUGCGGCUCCCACCGCUGCUUCUGUGCGCGAUGCGACCGAGGCAGCCAAGGCCGCUGUCGCUUUGGCUAUGGCAAACAUGAACGCUGGCAAUGUUGCAGUUCCGGCUGUACCCCAGGGCAACGGCAAUGCGAUGGACAACUUGACUAAGAAGGUCAACGAAAUGAGGGUCAAUGCUGCCCGAACAACUCAACCAGGAGGAGGCCGGGGCCGAGGUCGUGGCGGGCGCCAAGGUCAGGGCCAGGGCCAGGCCAAAGUUGACGUCCCAGAUGCGGACUUUGACUUCGCUGGAGCCAAUGCGAAGUUCAACAAGGACGAUCUGGUGAAGGAAGCGAUUGCAGGAUCGCCUCUGAAUGAGACCCCUACCAAUGGGCCCGCGGCCGAAAUCCCUGCUCCCGAGGUCCCAGGCACAAACCCGCCGAUUGCCUACAACAAGACCCGAUCAUUUUUCGACAACAUCUCCAGCGAGGCUAAAGAUCGGGCAGACAACAACGGUCAGAAGCCUGGCGGCCGCGAAUGGCGCGGUGAGGAGCAGCGCAAGAACAUGGAGACCUUUGGACAAGGUAGCGUCGACGGCGCAUACAGGGGCUACCGGGGCAGAGGCCGCGGCCGCGGCCGUGGCUUCAAUGGUGGUCGGGGUGGAAGAGGCAGCUACCGUGGUCGUGGUGGCCAAGGUGCGCCGUCCCCGGCCGCGAACUAGGCUCCUCUUGAGGCCAGGGCAUCGCGAACGUCCGCAUGAUACGUGGAGCAUUCUGUCUCCUGACACUGCGAGUCCUGAUCAGGCGAAGGACUCACGACUUCGAUGGACGUAAUUCGAAUUUUGAAUGGAAAACGCCCCCCCUCAAGGCAUGCCUUUCACGCAACACUUUAUACGAUGUAUUAUCACUCCUCGUUU